AUUUAAACUUGACAACUAAAUUUUUUUAUUAUCACAUAUUGUCAAUAACAUUGGAGGAAAAAGUCAUGAAUAAUGUCGCUUCUAUUAAAGAGUAGUUAUUCUUUUGUAAAGAAUGCAAUAGUUUCAACUUCUUUGCGUGCUUUAUCAACAACUAAUCAAUUACGGUUGAAAGAAAUACGAGAGCAUAAAGAAGGGUCAACAGUGGUAGUAGAAGGCGUAAUCGUCCCUUCUCCUCGUACGGAACUUUUAAUAAGAGCAGAAAAUGUAAAAGAAUCUUCAAAUAUUUGUCCAAAUACUUGUUAUAUGUGCGCUUUAGACUUGGAUGUAAAGCACACUGAUGUACUUAUAUUAAGCCAGUUUGUUAGAUCCGACGGAUGUAUGCUUCCGCGGCGUAUAACGAAUCUGUGUCCGAGACAACAAAAGAAAAUUGGAAAAUUGGUUACGAUGGCACAGAAAGCAGGUUUGAUGAUUAAUUUAACACCAUCAUAUUGUAAAAAGGAUCCCAAACGAAGAUAUGGCUAUAAAAAGUUUAAUACAUACUUUGAUGAGAAGACCAUAUUUAUGAAAAGAAUACCGAAACCAACAGAUAGAUUUGAGAGAUAAUUUAUAUUAUUAAUUAAUAGUACAUUGUAAUAAAUCGAGAUAGAAAA